UAAAUGACAUUAGGAUACUUCUGCCCCUGAGAUAAAUAGGUGAGCAUUGCCCAUAACAGCUCCUUGGGAUUGGAGUGCCUGCCAGAUCUAAGGCUUUCAGGAGCCCAGAGGAUGCUGAGUAAUAAUGACAAGCUCUUCAGUUGCAACGAUGACAUCUUUUGCUCUCCUUUGUCUGUCAAUUGCCAUAAUUGAAUGCAUGGCAGGAAUUCUGGGAAAUGGAAUUAUCUUGGCUGCCAGUUCAUUGAGCUGCAUUGGGAGCAAAACAUGGCCCCCAUAUGAUAUGAUCAUGAUCUCGCUGAGUUCAUCUAGAUUCAUUUUGCAGUCAUGGGUUACACUGGAUUUCCUAAUGAAUAUAUUUUAUGAACCCUUCUUUUACACAGAAAACCUGCUAACAGCUACCAAAAUAAUGUUUACAUUUCUGAACUACUCCAGCCUCUGGUUUGGAGCCUGGCUUAGUGUCUUCUAUUGCAUCAAGGUUGCCAGUUUUACACAGUCUUUCUUCAUCUGGCUGAAGCUGAGAAUUGCCAGGCUGGUGCCCUGGAUGCUGCUCACAUCAUGGCUCUGCUCCUUCACAACUGCAAUUCCCUUCGCCUGGGAUGUCUACAGUGUGCACAAGAACAUCACUGCUCCUUCAUCCAUGACAAACUCUUCAGCAUGGACAACCACAAGGAAUGACAGACUGACUUUAUUGAUUUAUCUCUGGAAUGCAAGUACAGCUUUGCCUUUAACAUUGUCUGUUGUUUCAAGUGUUCUGCUGAUUCGGUCUCUGUGGAUACACACCAGACGGAUGCAAAAUAAUGCAAGUGGUUUCAGGGAUCCCAGCUUAGAGGCCCAUAUGAAAGCCAUCAAGUCAGUCUGUUCCUUCCUUUUCCUUUACGUUAUAUAUUUUAUUUCUGUUCUUAUCAUCGUAUUCAACGUUUUUUCACCUUUAAGCAAUGGAGACUCAGUCUGUGUUGUUUUAAUGGCUGCCUGCCCUACAGCACACACAUUGGUCUUAAUUUGGAGCAAUCCCAAAUUUCAAGAGCUGCCAGCUAGGAUUUGGCACCACACUAACUGUCAUGUCAGAACUGCAUCCAUGUAAAAGACAGUGCCUUAACCUGGACUUUCUAGUUUAGAUCCAGAACAAUUAAAUUGAAAUCAUCAGAGGUAUAAAUAAUAGAUGUUGGAAUGAGUACAUUAGGGCCUUGAUCAGCAGUCAAUAGGAA